UUUCUUUGGUGUGUACGUUUUAAUUGGCCAGUUAAAUAAACCGUCCUUAAAAUUAUUAUUUCGGUUACUGAUUUUCAAGAUAAAGUAGUAUAAAUCGGGGUGUAAUGUUGGAAUGGAAAGCUUUCAACAGAGGAGAGAAAUCUUAAAAUAGUUUCUGUAACGUUAGUUUGAAGGACACAGAUGCAAAAAGAUCUUGAAUGUUCUUCGUGUGCAAAGCCUUGUAAAAAAAACUCCCAGAAAGAAAAUGGAUGAGCUUCCAGACCUCUUUGCAAUCAUCAAAGGAGAGGUGGCAUCAAUAACGGAAUAUGGAGCCUUUGUUAAAAUUCCUGGUUGUAGGAAACAAGGCCUUGUUCACAAAAGUCAUAUGUCUUCCUGCCGAGUGGACAGACCUUCAGAGAUCGUAGAUGUUGGAGAAAAAGUGUGGGUAAAGGUUAUUGGCAAGGAGGUAAAAGAUGAAAAAGUGAAACUCUCUCUUUCAAUGAAGGUCGUUAAUCAAGGAACUGGGAAAGAUCUUGACCCAAACAAUGUUGUUCUGGAACAGGAUGAACGUAAGAGGAAAGAAUUCAGAGAUGAUUCUAAACAAAAAAUAACACUGGAAGCUGUGCUGAACACAGUGUGCAAGAAAUGUGGAUGUAAAGGACAUUUUGCAAAUGAUUGCUUUUCUCAACCUGGUGGUAUGAAAUAUUCCUUAGUACCUGAUGAUGAAGAAGAAGAAGAGGAGCAGCAACAGCAGCAGCAGCAGCAGACUAGCAAUUUAGAAAGAAAGCCUGCUAAGAAACACAAGGAAAAGAAAAAGAAGAAACAGAAGCGGAAAUCAAAGUCCCCUGCAGCUGAUGCCAAAAGAUCUGACAGCUCAGACUCUGAGGAUGAAGGUCAGAUGCCUGCAAAGAGGCAUUCAUAUGCAAAACCUGAAGGCAACAUUAAGAAGCACAAACACAAAAAGCAUAAACACAAGUCCCACAAGAACCAUUAAUGGGAAUUAAGUGAUGGACUUCCAUGACUUCUAUCCCAGAAUGCUUUGGAGUUGGGGGAUGAGGUUAGGUUUGGAUACACAGUGCAUGUUAUCUGCAUACUUUGAGGUAGAUAUACUUACCUUAAGACUGUUUGUUCUGUACAGAAAAUUGAAAUUCAAGAACCAAAAAUAUUGAAUAUUUCAUGGAUAGAGAGAAUGAUGUAAUGUAACUUCUUACAUUUCUAGGAUGACAAAGUGCAUUUUUUAUAGAUAGCUUACUUUAAUGCAUUAUGAACCUGAUGGACCAUGGAUAUGGUACAGUGAGUUUAAACUUACUGGUGAGAUUCUAAACCAUGUGCUGCCUGUUAAACCUGCAACCCAGACCCCCCACUUUCUCAAGAAAAGUUGUAAUACUGUCUUCAUAGAGGUAUUUCCAUAUUGGCAAGUUCAGCCGGUAGCUCCUAUACUAUUAAAGGUAACUUUUCCCAUAUUCCCGUUAAGGCAAACUCUUAAAUGCAAGUUGCAUAUUCUGGUCACGUAGUACUGUAACUGUUCUUCUUGGAGCAGGUUGUAAUCAGGUGAAAUAUUUUUUCUUCCUUAGCAUUGCUCAAGAUUCAUGUUUUCCUUUCUAAGAUACAACUUUUGAAUUAAACACAAACAGAAGCUU